GGUCUGUUGUAGUGAAACUACUCUUCUGUGUUGUUUCCCACGCAGCUAGAACAACUUUCUACCAUGGCAGUCUGGGGGAAACGUUUUGGAUCGUUGCGACAACGACUUUACCAAGUUGUAACGUUUGUAUAACCACGUUUCGGUGCUACUAGCACAUUAUCUCGGCAUGACAGAUAAAGAUUAGUUAGCAUGCUAGCGAGCUAGCCACAGCCUCAGCAUCUCACAGCGACCACACCUGCCCGGUGACAGUGUGGCUGCAGGUUCCUAGCAGACAUGGGCAAACUACAAAGCAAGUUUCGCAAGAGGUCUGACCUCUACAGGGCAUCUCAGGGGGAGAAAGCAGAUAAUACCUUUGACAGUCAGGUGAUGCUGUAUGAACCUGCCCAUCAGGGCUCCGUCAACACUGUCACCAAUCUUAGCCCAGAUUUGUGUGUUUCUGGUGGGACCGACCAGGCUGUGGUGGUGUAUGACUGGAAACAAGGCCGGAUGUGUCAGUCCUUCCAGGGUCACAACCGAGAGGUUACCAAGGUGAUGUGCUAUCCAGGCAGUACAUGGAUCUUUAGUGCCUCACGGGACAAGACUGUUCUGAUGUGGGACCUAAACCAGGGGGACGAACCUAUCCAGGAAUUUUGUGGGCAUGAAUUGGUGGUCAAUGGACUAGCCAUCAGCCCUGAGGGGAGAAAGCUGUGCACCGGUUCUCGUGACAACUGGAUGUGUCUGUGGGAUAUAGAAUCUGCAAAAUGUGAACAGAGACACAACAUUUCUAGAAACCUGGUGACUCAUGUGUGUUGGGUGCCAGGCAGCUCUUCUAUAGUCCAGACCUCUGAGGAUAAGACCAUAAGGGUGUGGGACAGCCGUGCAUGGCAGGUGACAAAUACUUUUCCAGCCAAGCAAUACAUCCAGACCCACUGUGAUGUUUCCCCAAAUGGAAACUACUUGGUGUCCAGUAGCAACGGCUUUGGAGGCCAGGGCUGUGAAGCCACGCUCUGGGACCUGCGUCAGCCCGGCUGUAAAGUUGUGGAGUACAGAGGUCAUCUCCAGACCGUCGCCUGCUGUAUGUUUCUGCCUACGCCUCCUGGUGGCACAGCUCAGGUAGCAACAUCCUCCCAUGACAGCUCCGUCAGAAUCUGGGAUCAGAACACAGCAGUCUGUUUAGGGACGUUGUCUCUGGAUGGUGCUGGUCCACUGGUUUGCCUGGUACCUACUGACUCCACCAAUCUGCUGUGUGCCAGCUUCAACAACGGCCUCCAUCAUAUCCAGCUGGGCAACGGAUCAAACCAGGCUCAUGUUUCCGGGGCAGGGUCAGGUGGAGUUGGUGGCAUGGACUUAAAAGUUUUGGCUCGCUUCUGACAGCCUAAAGGAGCCUGGUGUGACUCGUAACCCUGACAUGUGAACAGCCCGCGACUCAGAGAGCGUAUCACUGGAUUAGGACAUCGUGUCAGUUCUUUUAUCUUUAUUUUUUACUAUUUUACAUAUUUCUAUUGACACUUUUGCUUCACUAGACUGCCAUAGACUGAAGUGAUGGAAGAGAUCAGGGAGAAAAGGAAGGGCUGGUAAUGACAUGUCAGGAGGAUGCACCUUUUGUCCAGCAACGCCACUUGGAAGCCCAUCAGAGCUGCUCUCCUGGGAGACUUGUCUGUAAGUCAUAUUACCCCUUAAUUGACUAUAAACAAAAUGAUCCUGCUUCGAUUACUGCCUUCAUGGACAAAACCAGAAUAACUGUGGAUUGCUCUCAGUUUUAUACGCUACUUCAGCUAGGUGGAUUUGACGAGAUGCUUAAUGCACAUGUUGUAUUGCUGUGAUUGGUGUUGGUGUAUACAUGUUUUGAGGAAAUCCUAAUGCAUCUGGAGUUGUGUUGAAAAUGUGGAAGCACUCGUAGAGCAGGAAAAAUCAGCUAUUUGGUCAGGUGUUACUUCUUCCAAAAUCUGACAGAGAAGUGGAAGCCAAAAGUAGGUGCAGUCAGACUUGCAGUCUUGUUUGUCAAUCACUUUGUGGAAAGUUAUUUAUAUAACCAAAACAGAGUAUUGGGGAACAAGUAUAUGCUGAUAAUAAGGAAACCGUUGAUUAGUUUGUUCUGUAGCUUUAACCUGUGUGUUAGACCAAAUGAGAACCUACGACACAAGACUGUAGAAACAUCUGCUUUGUAUUUUAGUAGAAUUCAUUUCAUAAUGUUUUUUAAAGACACAGAUUCUGAUAUUUUUUAACUGAAGCUGCCAAGCUGAUGUUGGUGCCGAUAUUCAACACAUUAAAUUUGAAAAUGACUAUGCAAAAUACCUGAGUAAUUCCCUUUUAAUAAAGUGUUUGAAUAAACAAAUGGGAUUAGAAUAUAUUGUAAAUAAAAAAGAAAGCUGCUCUUUGACCCGUCAAAAUAAAACCUGCUGCCAGUUAAGAUUGAUUGAGGCAUUACACUUUUUCAAUGUGGUGGGGCUACUGUGCUUUUAACAACAGAUGUUGAACUACUUUGUUAGGAUUAGCAAUCCAGACUCGCUGUAGUUUAGCCAGCAGCAGCCAAUGUUAAUAUUAGCAG